AGUAUUGAUUUCCUCCGGUCGCCAUCCUAACCGACAACCGUUUACACAAGUGGCGGCGUAUGACGACGAUAUCAUUGCCGCUGUUAGGUCGCUAGCAAAAGGUUCACGCGCCCGAAUUUCUAUUCGAUUUUUUUUUUUAUCUCUCAAUUCCACAGCGAUCUCUUCGAACGGAGGAAAUAACGGGAAAACGUUUAGCGAUAAACGUAAAAACAACCGAAAAAAAAAAUCGCCCGUUACGCCGUUUGCCUGCAGUCCGCAGUGCUCGUAUCCACGCACACUAUCACCGUACGCGUAUCGUGUGUGUCAAUAAAACAUAAGUCACGUAAGUUUUUUUUUCAAUUCAUUUUUCCACGUCUUAGCGUGAACACGAAUCGAUUUCUCCCCUCAAAUAUUGUUGUUUAUAUUGGAGCGUUCGAUCAUAAUGAGUCUCUCGGAAUCGGGAUGGAAUACGUAUGAUGCUCCAGGGUUAAACCGUUGGCAAAAUAAUGCUAAUGGCUCAACUGUAGCAAAAAUGCAACACAAGUACUGGGUAACUAAACAGCAAGUAUGUAAAAAAUUGGGGAAAAAGGAUGACGAAUUCAUAGUGGCUUCGGACGCUGAACUCGAUGCUAAAUUAGAACUAUUUAAGUCUAUUCGUGGUAGUUGUCAACAUUUACAAAGGAUUGUCAAUAAAUACGACGAAAAAGUUUAUAAUUUAGCAUAUGAAGAAAAUCAAAUGGGCCUGUUUUUAAAAAGAUCUGGAAACAAAGAUCAAACUAAAGCUGGCGAAAUGAUGCAAAUUUUGGGAAGUUGUAUGGCGCAGUCAGGACAAGAGAGAAUUGGUUUACGUACGCCAUUAGCCAGGCUACACCAGGAAAUAGAAACGUUUUGUUUAAGAGCUGUGGAGGAUACUCAGGGCGAUGUAAAACGUAUGGAAAAUGCUCGUACAGACUACAGGGCUGCUCUGAAUUGGAUGAAAGACAUUUCCCAAGAACUUGAUCCGGACACCAAUUCACAGUUAGACAAAUUCAAAAACGUGCAGACCAAAGUAAAAAAGUCCAAACAGCAGUUCGAUCACCACAAAUUGAUUUGUUUGCAAAAAGUCGACCUGCUUGCCGCUGCGCGUUGUAAUAUGUUUUCACACGUACUUAUUUUCUAUCAACAAAGUUUGCAGCGAUUUGCCGAAUCCGUCGCAGCGUCGUUUGAACACGCAACUAAAGAUUUUAAACAGUACCAACAUUACGAUUUCAAAAUGAUUAAAGAGUUGCGAACGAACUCAGUGAAAUCCACGUCCAAGGCAGACGAUAACAGCAAUGAUUCAAGCUCGUACACUGAAUUGGGCAUCGAAGCAACACCCGACCAGAUUGAAGAAACAAACGAAUCUGCUCUGCUUUCGUUGCUCGACGGAAGCGACAGUUUUGGAAAUUUCUUAUCAAACCCUUACGAAAGUAAUCAAGAAGAAAAAGACUCAGAACUUAAACGAUACGGAACAGGAGAUGAAUUUUUACCGUCCCAAUUAUUGUCGGACUUGCUAUCCGGGUCAACUGCACCUGUUAAUACUACUGCUAAAAAAUCGGACAGUUCAUCAAAUUGGGCAGACAUCUUUGCUGAUCUUGAUCCACUGAACGAUCCUAGAUUGUCUUCAAAACUAGAUCCAUUAGAUCUACUUUGAAAUACUUUUAUUUGUAAAAAACUAACCUAUUGUUUUUCUAUUUAUGUAUUUUAUAUAUUAAACAAAAAAAAUCUGAAUGUA